CAAAUUCUCAGGGAAUCGCUCCUCCCCACCUCUCCCUUCUUUGCUUGUUCGACUACACCUCCAGUCUCUUGUCUGGUUCCUGGUUCUGCUCUGCCAAGCAGCACAAUGAACGACACUGCUCUUUACGUCUCAAAUGGUACCUGCUUCUUCGGUCCAGGCCAAGUUGCUGACCCGAACUAUAUCCCCUGUGGCAAUGCUGCACUUGCGGGGCCCCAGUCUUGCUGUUACGCCGGCGACUACUGCCUGUCGAGCACUGCCUGUUGGAACAAACAAUUCGUGGUGACGUAUGUUGCCGGUUGUACGGACACAACCUUCAGCGCUGCUGAAUGCACUAACAAGUUCGAUUAUCCUGACCAACAAUAUGUCGCCAUGGCGCGAUGUGAUGGCGCCGAUGUGGACAUAUGGUCAGGGUGUUACAACCACACAGACUGGAUCACGAUACACAAGGAGCCGGAUUGCAAGUGCAAUGCUUCAAGACCAUUAAUCCGGAAUUCGAAUGGUAAAUCUACGCUUGAUGAAAUUGGACUCCUGCCAACUACUCCGGGAGGAACUAUCUCAUUCAACCCUACUGCAAUCCCUACAUUGGAAGCUACUUCUAGCAAUCCAUAUUCAUCCCCUGCGACGCCUCCAACAUCCACGACAUCACCCACUGCCGUCGCGAGCACUUCGCAAGGGCUCUCAUCGGGUGUGAGAGUAGGCAUCGGCGUGGGGAUAGGCAUUGGCGUACCCUUAGUAGCCGCCCUUGCCUUCCUCGCCUUCAUCCUCCAACGCAAGAAGGGGGCAGCAGACACAGCAGCGCCGGCUUCUGGACCGGCACCUCCAGAUACCACACCACCUCCAAACGACCAAGAUGACACCGCUGCCGCGGUCAGAGAAAAGACGUCUAGCCCUGAGAAGGACAUGGCUACUACCCCUGAACCACCGAGCCCGGGCUGGUACGGGUAUAAGCCUGAGCUAGCGGCCAAUUCAACCUUCAAGUCGGAGUUAUCCGGUGAUGAACCUCGGAGUGUAAUAAGCUCCAGUUGGAACUCGGGAACCCUUGACGACCAUCAGGUCUCUGAAUUGUCGAGCCAUGACGCGGUGACUAGCGCAGUUGGGCGGAACUCUUUGGGCUACACACAUGACUAAUUCUAUUUAUGAUAAUAGGGGUAAAACAGUUAUCAGGGGUCUAGGUUUUCCUGUAACACGAGCUUAUGGAAGACGUUGAGUCGUAAAUGAGUUGAACACAUCCAAAUGGUUUUUUUUUUUUUGUCAAGGAGUCAGUAGCGUUGCGUUGAUCAUAGCAUUUAAAUUUAUUAUAACAAUUGCUGAGAGUAGUUCGCUGGCAAAGUCCACGCUACCUAGAAC